UUAAGAAAAUUGCAGAAUUUGCGUUAAAAUAAUGGCUAUCAGCAAAAUAACGCCAAUCAACAUCUGAGAUUGAUUGAAUGAUGGCUCCUGGGAGAGUGGAUCAGAAGGGAGAUAACUUGGAUUGAAUGGUGUUAUUUGGAUUAUGGAUCUGAUGGGAGACAACUCUGAUUGAAUGAUGACUCAAGGAUAGUGAUCAAAGGGAGACAACUCAGACUAAAAGAUGACUCAUGGGAGUGAUCAGAAGGGAGACAACUCAGAUUGAAUAACAACUCCUGGGGAUAUGGAUAAAACGGGAUUAUUCACUGGAGAGUUAAUAGUGUUAUCUUAAGAUUGUAGCUGCUUAUCAAUGGAGCCGCACGGGAAAUUAACCUACUCAGGUCAGGGAGCAAGGCCAAAGUCUUCAAGGAACACAUCAGCCGUCACAGCAAACACAUCAGCCGUCACAGCGAACACAUCAGCCAUCACAGCAAACACAUCAGCCAUCACAGCAAACACAUCAACAGUCACAGCUGACACAUCAAUGAUUUCAGCUAAAACAUCAUCCAUGCUGUUGACUAACACAUCCAUGCCGAUGAGGAACACAUCCAUGAAUGUUUCCAGUGAGGACAACAAUUACAUAUCUGAUGAAUCUGAUCGCAGCAAGAGGGUCACAGCUUCUAAUGGAAAUGAGCAUUUUCAGGACAUCAAAGAUCAACAAGAAGUUGAUUUUUGGGACAAAUUGACGUCUGAACGAGAAAAAGAAAAUAUUGAUAAUAUGCACAGAAUUCAUGGAUGUUCAGAAGAUAAAGUCAAAAGUUCAAAAGGACAACUUGAUAAGGAUUCUGGGUAUGGUGACUGGCUAGUUCAAGACUUAGAGGUCAAAGGUGACUUCAAGAAAGGUCAACAAGUAACAGAGGGAGGCUAUGUAGAUAUUAUUAGUCAUGAGGUGAAAGGAGAUGAGGUCAAAGGUGAUGACCUUAAAGGACCAGUUAUAGACUCUGGAUUUGAAGAUGUUGAUAGUAGUGUGUUUAACCCAAGAACAGGAAGUGCUGAUGCUAAUACAGAAAGCUCUUCAGUCAGUGAUAAAUUUCUCAAGGGAAUCAAUGACAUUUGCCAAAAUAAACAUUUUGAUGACCAUGAACAAUUUCUUUUGCAAAAAUGGCGAGAAUCUGGAUUGAAAUUAUGGAAGAUUCUUCAUGAAAGAGAAGUAUGCAGCAAAAAGAGAAAACCUGAAAAAUCCCCAUCAACUGAUGCUAGUCACAGUAAAAUCUGUCAUUCAUCAAGGACUUGUAGUCUGGAGCCAAAAAUGUUUAGUUUAGAAGAAUUGGCCUACAAACAGGCAGUUGGCUCUUCAAUUAUACACAACAGUCUUGUCUCAGAUCCUAGUGAGAUAGAAAUAAACCAUUCCUCACAUAACAAUGUUACGUCAGAUCCUCCAGAGAGGGAAGCGGCCACAUUGACGUUGGAAUCCAAGCCAGAAUUUUGGACUCUAGCUGACAAAGGGUUGAGUCCUGAUGAAUCGGUUAAGAAAUCUAGGUUUAUGGAAGGGUUACAUUUCCAUUCAAGCAGAGAUGCUGUAAAACCUUCAUCUUCAGCUGAAGAACAUGUAUUAGAUGCAACCGGACAUAAAGAUAUCUCAAAAUCAAAUGACUUUGUUGAAAUACAACCUUUGAAGGAAGAAAGAUAUUCAAAUCACAAAAUUAAAUCUUCAGAUCUGGAGAUAUUUGAAGCUCAUGCAAAACUGUGGAAGAAUCCAGUCUCCCCAGAUAAACAUCAAGAGGACAGUGUAUCUGCUAAGCCUGACAACGUUCCUCACAUUCCAUUCUUUUGUAGUGGUCUUGAUUCAUGCUGUUCUGACAAGGUGUGGAAGGAACCCAGGAAGGACUUGGAACAAAAACUUAGUAAAGGCAUCCAAAAUCACACCAGCAACACACCAAGCAGCUCAACCGAUAAAAUAACGGUGAAAGUGGUGAAGCGACAGAGCACAUCAGAAAAGUCGGUUACAGAUCAGGAUAUAACAUAUCCUCAUCACCUGCGUCGAUGGUCAAAUAUUGUCGGAGGAGAUGAUACACACACCAAAAAGCCACAAAUAUUUAACCAGUUACAGGACGAAGAAAACAAUAGUGAUAGCUACGAUGAUUCUAUAGAUCUGGAGUUUAAUGAUAAUUCUCGUCCUGUUGUUCAAACUUCUCUUCAAAGUAACACAGCUUUAUCAUCAAGUAAUCAAUGUAAUUUCAAGGAACAUUUAUUGAAGUCCCUGGAGCAGCAUAAAUCUCCAACUUUUUCGUCAGACUCGGCAACAACAGAUUUAGAGAGAAGUUCUACCAAUGAUUGGGCUGAUGCUGACUCCAGUGAUCCCUAUGCAUCAACUCAUUCUCCUCAGAACAAGAGGAAUAGUUGUCCAAAUACAGGAUACAAUCGGGAUUCCUGCAUGUCAAAAUCCUGUGCAAGAUACUCACCAAAACGAUACAGAAAGAAAACACAUUCAAGGUCAAGGUCGAUGGAACAUGAGGUUGUCAUAGAUCUUAUUCGAAAUCGGGUGAUGGCGGGAAAUGGAAUCGACUCAGAUUCAACUGAGGAAUCAUCAAUAGAUGUUAAAACUGCAUUUAUAACUAAAGAUCAAAGUCACCAAAAAGCUUGUAAAGCACACACUUUACAAGCAGAACAUUCCAAUGACACAGAUAGCCAUGAUCACACUGAGAAUUAUACUGUGGAUAGCUGUUCUGAAAGCAGCCAAUCAGCGGACGGCCGUUGUUACACAGGAUGUGGACCAGCUACGGGAAUCCUAGGUCUAAGGUAUGCCAUUCCUUAUCUAUCAGAGAGAUUGAAGAUGAGUCUAGCCAAGCGAAUUGAAUCUGGAAACACUGGGAAACGAAACUCAGGAAAACAGCUUAGAAGCAAGAGCCAGGGAGAUAUAAACGAACAUGAUACUGGAAUCCAAAGUGAUCCAGGCUGUUCACCUCGAGCACAGCUGAACGACCUUGACCUUGGUGGGGAGAGUAGUGUGAAGACUUUAGAACCUGGUCGCAGCCAAAAUGUUUCCAAUAUGUCGGACAUUAAUGCUGUACACACUUCAGACAGAGAUGAUGUCAGCAACAAAAUUGGAGGGUUUGAGAACGUGAAAUCAGUGAGUCAACAUUCCAAUAUCUCAAAUUACAUUCCAAAUAAACUUCAAAAUCAGGGGCCAUAUUUUCUAGGUCAAGGUCACUGUGUGGUUAAAGAUAGAUACUUAAAGGGUAAAUAUGUUUGUCCUGCUUCAAACGAUGAAUGCAGCCAUGAUGAAAUUUCUCAAACUGAUGAAAGCGAAGGACUUGAAAUAUCUCAUUCCUUUCAAUAUAUUGAUAUAUCUGAUGGAGAAAUGGAAACUCAUCUACAAACUGAUCUUACAACAGACUCAGGUUCUAUUUCACAACCUCAACUAUCUCGGCCAAGUACUAGUCAUGUUACCUAUGACGAUAUAUGUAAGUCUCUGCAAUCUCACAUCAGCAUCACAAAUAAACCCCAGGCAUCCCAGCAGAGUUAUGUCCCUUUACAAGAAAUCUCCUCAUCAGACCUUCAUUCUUGUGAUACAACAACACUACAAUCAAAUCCAAUAUCUCACCAUAGUUAUUUCCCUUGCAUGGAACUCUCAGAAUCUGAUCACCCGUCUUUUAAAACUGAACUCUCCGAACCUCUUAGUCAAAUUAAUUAUCUCCCCAGUGGAGAAAUCUCAGAAUCGCUGAAGCUGAUUGGCCAAGGUGAUGAUACAGAGAAUUGUAGCUGUGCUGAAACAGGAUUUCUCUCAGCUGAUUGUAUCGACCUCGAAGACGUUGAAGAAAAUCGAGCUGACCUGCAGUUUUUGUCAAUUGAACAAGAUACUUCAGACUGUAGCUCUAUACACUCUGACACAGACAGGAGUAAUUUAAGCGAGGAGUUACCUGUUCGGAGUCUGUUCAGCACUCAUAGUGAAUCGGACAGUGGGGAAGCUGACGAUGAAUUUGAAUGUGAAUGUGAACACUGUCUACAACUGAGGUCAAGAAAUGACAGUACACUUAGGAGCCAAGGCCAAAGUCACCCUCACCCCAGCAGUAGUGGCCUCUCUGUAGUGGAAGAUGAGGCUCAACGUCAUCAAAGACUACCAGAUGGAGAGCUGGAGGAAGGCCUGUACAGAAUAAGUAUAGCGGAGUUAAGUCCCCUUAGUAGCAUCAUGAACACACGACGAAAUGAACUGGAGUUUAUGUUUGAGAAUGUGAUUCUACAGAUGUUAGCAGUCCAUCCAGAUUUAUUGUCUGAUGCCACGCCCCCACCAGCAGAUCAGUCAGUAAUUGACGCCUUACCGUCUUUAACUGUCAACCAAGGACAUCUUGCCAUAAGCCUGUCUUGCCCUAUAUGUCUAUGUGUAUGUGAAGAGAAGGAAAUUUUGAGUUGUCUCCCCUGUCAGCAUCUCUUUCAUCAGUUAUGUAUACAGGCCUGGUUGAUAAAGUGUGGAACUUGUCCUGUUUGUAGAAGAACUCUCUGAUGUUACUUAUUUUAGGAUACUAAUUAAUUAUAACCAGUCUAGUCACAAACUUGUAUUAUAUUAAUCCCCUGUAAGA